CCGCGGAUGUUCAACAUGGCUCGCGUGCUGCUUUUUUGUCUGUUUACGCUGACGGGAGUUUUCGCCGGGCGUUAUUUUAACGAGAACGAGCCUUGCUUCAGACCUCACCCGAAAAGAAAUCAACAUGGAAACAUAAAUAGACCACGUCCUUAUGAAUAUAUGAAUUUAAAAGACCUACCUAAAGUUUGGGAUUGGAGGAACAUCAACGGCGUCAACUACGUUAGCACAACACGCAACCAACAUAUACCCCAAUACUGCGGGUCUUGCUGGGCACAUGGAAGCACAAGUGCCCUUGCAGAUCGUAUUAACAUCAAGCGCAAAGCAGCGUGGCCAUCAGCUUAUCUCUCUGUUCAGAACGUCAUAGACUGUGGAAACGCGGGUUCCUGCCAUGGUGGAGAUCAUUCCGGCGUGUGGGAAUAUGCUCACACUAAUGGCAUCCCUGAUGAGACCUGCAACAACUAUCAAGCCAAAGAUCAGGAGUGCAAUUUAUUCAAUCAGUGUGGCACUUGCACAACCUUCGACGUGUGUAACAUCGUAAAAAACUUCACUCUCUGGAAAGUAAAUGAAUAUGGCUCAGUGAGUGGCCUGGAUAAGAUGAAAGCCGAGAUCUACACCGGAGGACCCAUCAGUUGUGGGAUCAUGGCGACCGACAAACUGGAUGCGUACACCGGUGGCCUGUAUUCAGAGUUAGUACAAGACCCUUACAUAAACCACAUCAUAUCAGUGGCCGGUUGGGGUGUUGAUGAGAACGGAGUGGAGUACUGGAUCGUCCGUAAUUCUUGGGGAGAACCAUGGGGAGAGAAAGGCUGGCUCAGAAUCGUCACCAGUGCGUACAAGGGAGGCACCGGCAGCCAGUACAACCUCGCUAUCGAAGAGGACUGCAUGUUUGGAGACCCAAUUCUACCCAAGAACUACCUAUAGGUAGCAAAUUCCAUACAUUUGCCAUGUAUCAGAAUCAAAGCCAUGAAAAUGAUUUUAUAACACUGCCAGUAUUAGUUGCAGUGGUUUUUAAGAGAUUUUAAAGGAACACUCAGGAAUACUGCAAUGGUUUAUACUUUUUAAAUAUGCAUUCGUGUGCCUGCAACCAAUGUUGCUCUUUAAGUGAUCGUCUACACCGCUUGAUAACAGAAAGGGAAAAGCACUCAACUUUUUUUAAUACAAGAACAUUUUGGAUUUUGUAAAUGGUCAUCUGAUGGCCUGGUGUGAUAAUGAAAUUGUUUUAGUCUUUAGCAUCAAACUAUGAUAAUGUAUGCCUGUCUAAAGUCACAGUUCGAAGUAUUCAAAUCAGUCUGUCUUUUUAUAGUUUUUAAUCGCAAUCUUCAAUAAAGUCUUAUGGUUUACAA